CUAUUCCAGAAGAUGACUUGAUCUCAGUGGCAAUGGAAAUGGAUGUGAAAAAAAUGAACGUCACUUUACUUCGGAUAUUCCGUGAAGGAAUAGCUGCUGCCUUGGGACUUUUUCCACAGCAAGUUCAUAUUAAUCACCUUAACGUAAAGAAAAACUGCAUUGAAUUUUAUAUAUCGCCAAUGAAUCGUAGAAGUGGAACAUUAGAUCCAAUACCUUCUGAAGAAGUGAUACAAUUGCUCAAUGUGAAUAUGAUGCAUCAGAGUCUCUCAAAAUUUGGCAUCACACAAGUUACCCCCGAGAAAAAUGCCUUGCAUGGAGACCAUGGCAGGGAUGGACUGUGGAAUAAAGAAGGGAUCUACACGGUUGUGAUAUUUCUCACUGCCUUUGUUAUUAUCAUCACAUGUCUAAUGUUUCUGUACAGGUUGAAGGAGAAACUUCAAUUUCAAAUCAACCAGGAUAAACAACAACACCAACAUAUCAAUCUUGCUUCCCUCCCUGUGCAGCAGCCACAACCAGAGGUUAAGGUUGCAAACAGUAUGGUACAGCCUGGUCCCAUUUCCGGCACUGUGAGCAUUGACAUCGAUCCACAGGGUCAGUCCACACCAGAGGUCAAGCCCUGUGUGGCAUCGGGACCCUCUCCAUUCAAAAUGAAGCCCGCUUGUCUCCAGGAAAGGCGAGGCUCAAACGUGUCACUUACGUUGGAUAUGAGUACUCUGGGAAAUGUUGAAUCAUUCAGUAGUGCAUCAACACCCCGUGAGAAAAUAUUUCUGGAAUAUCUACAGACUGCCAGCCGGGUGUUAACCAGAUUGCAGCUUAAAGAAAUUGUAGCAAGUGCCCAAUCCUUUCAAGCUGAAUUCAUGGAAAUACCCAUGAAUUUUGUGAAUCCCAAAGAACUGAGUAUCCCAUAUCAUGGAACUAAGAAUAGAUAUAAAACUAUUUUGCCAAAUCCACAUAGCAGAGUAUGCCUGAUACCAAAGAGUGAAGAUGAGCCAGUUAGCAGUACCUACAUUAAUGCCAACUACAUCAGGGGUUAUGGUGGUCAGCAAAAGGCCUACGUUGCAACCCAGGGCCCUAUGAUUAAUACAGUGAAUGACUUCUGGAGGAUGGUCUGGCAAGAGGAUUGUCCUGUGAUUGUUAUGAUAACCAAGCUGAAAGAAAAGAAUGAGAAAUGCGUUUUGUAUUGGCCAGAGAAGCGGGGUAUAUACGGGAAAAUCGAAGUCCUUGUGAACAGCAUUACUGAAUGUGAGCAUUAUGUCAUCCGAGAUCUUACGCUUAAGCACGAAGGCAAAUCUCAAAACAUAACACACUACUGGUACAAAUCCUGGCCUGACCACAAGACUCCUGAUAGUGCUCAGCCACUGCUGCAACUCAUGCUGAAGGUGGAGGAGAGCAAACAGAAAUCACGUGGCCAAGGACCUAUUGUCGUACACUGCAGUGCCGGGAUAGGGAGGACUGGCUGUUUUAUUGCCAUCACCAUUGGAUGCCAUCAGCUCAGAAAUGAAGGGGUGGUUGAUAUUCUGAGUAUCGUUUGCCAGCUGCGGGUGGACAGAGGAGGAAUGAUUCAGACCAGUGAACAGUAUGGAUUUGUACAUCAUGCUCUGAGUCUCUAUGACAGUGAAGUCUCACCUGACGCCAGCCAGUGAAUCUACCAGAUAAUACUUUUCAUCCAGAAAAACCUUUAAUGCUAAUUCAUAUGAGCGUAAGAAGAUAAAGGCAUAUUUGCGACUAGAAAGCCUGGAAAUGGCAUUGCGUUGGCAACAGGAUGACAUGCAGAAAACUGAUGAAGCUAAAUAAAGAGGGAUGGGGAAGAGACUGUUUGCCAGAUUAAGUGAAAAAGCCUAAAUGAAUGUGGUAUAUUUUCUAAAUUCUGUUAUAAAGAAAUGAAUCAAAGGUCACGUGGCAUAUUAUCUGCUUCUAAUGUUCCUCAUGUUCAGUUCAACAAUACUUGCAAGUUCUACGGUCUAUGAAACUAUGGAAAAGCGACGCUGGUUGAAUUUGUUUGUGGGAGGCAAGAACAAGGGAUUUGUACUGAAUGUUUCUGUAUUCCAAACUGACAGUAAUUUAUUGAUAUAUACAUAUGGAAAGUGCUAUUACAUAUGUGGUGAAUUUUCUUUUUUCUUGCCACAUAAUUGUCUUGCUGCCGAAACACACAGGUGUUUAACUCAUGAGAAACUGUCAAGUACUGAAACUUUUAAAACUCUCUAAAUGUUUUAUAUGUGAUGUGGAUGCAAGUUUUUAUUGUGAUAUCAUGUUAAAUUGUAUGCACUUUGAUAAUCCAAAAUAGCAAUCAAAUUGCACAAAGUUAAAUGUAUCAUUCAAUGUGUUUUUGUGUCCAUGAUUCUGUACUUUAUUGAGAUUGUCUUCAUGUAAGAGCUUCCUAGGUAUUGAGCAAACUUGUGAUUGACACUCAGCAUUGUUAGUUUCCUCUUUCUGUUGCUCUCUCUCUCUUUCUUUUAUAUAUAUAUACCCUUUUCCAUAGAUGCUGCCUGACCUGUUGAGUUCUUGCAGCAUUUUGUUCGUGUUGCUUUGCAUUUCCAGCAUCUGCAGAAUUUCUCAUGUUGAUUGAUAUAUAUAUAUGGAUAUACAGAUCCUUUAAUCAUGUUGAAUGUUGUGAAAUAGUGUGAUUUUUGUUCCUCUUGGCAGACAAGAAGUGCACUCUGUAAAUCUGUGGCAAUAUAUUUAGCAACAUAAUAAUAGAAAUCCAAAUCCACGAAGUAUUGAUGUUGUUUAAACUGUUUGUGGCUAUUUGGCAGAUGUUCCAGUUGAUGAGACAUAUUUUCAAUUCCUUUUAGUCAGAGCAGGAAAUUGUUUACAUUAAUAAGUUUUUUACAGAAAACAGUGCAAAACUCAGCAAUGGGUAACUCAUGUUUUUAUUCUGCGCUGUUAAUUUAUGUGUAAGAUGACAAUAA